AUGAGGCUCAAUAAAAUCAUUUUUAAUUCAUUUAAAUCGAGAGUUAAGAUUAAUCUCCCGAAGCCUGGUCUGGGUGGUGGUGGUGGUGGUGGUGUUGUUACUCGGCUAUCGGAUCCUUUCAGCCCUAUCAACACCGGCAACGCAGGCAAACCAGGCAAUCCAGGCAAUCCAGGCACCCCAGGAACUCCUCUCAUCACUCCCACUCUCACUCCCACUCUCACUCCCUCUCCCCCCACUCCACCCGACCCGUCCGGCUUCCAUCCCUCCCACUUAUCCUCUGAUCUCCUCAAGAACGUCAUCAAUACUAUCAACGCCCACCCAGAUACCCUCCUUCUCACACGCGUCGGUGGCUUCUACGAGGCUUACUACCACCACGCUCUUCUCCUCUCCAAACUCCUCGGUUUCAGCGUCGGUGAAAAAUCGUACAACAAGUCUAAAUUCCCUAUGGCUGGCUUCCCUUACUACCAGCUAUCAAAACAUCUCAGAUCUCUAGUCGUCGAUCACUGCCUAUUUGUCGCAAUUAACGAUCAAUUCUACAACCACAAAUCUGGCUCUUUUGAUAGGAAAGUUACACGCGUUAUCUCCCCUGGUACUCUCCUAGACGAGUCAUCUCUCAAUCCCACUACUCACAACUUCAUUGUCUCAGUUGUGUCUCACCCUGAGCAAGACCAAUUCGCUGCAGCUUGGUGUGACAUUUCCACCGGUGACUCUUCAACUGCGUCAUCCAGCUUAUCUGAUUUGAAGAGCUAUAUUGCACGUUUAUCCCCGUCUGAGAUUGUUUUUGAUGGUGGCACAACGACUGCAGAAGCACACAAGUUGCGACAAUCACUUGGCGCACACGACUCCAUCAUCUCAUACAGUCAACCCAACGCAAACCCCUCCGCAUCCACCCACACCCAAUACACUCCCCAUGAACACACAGCCAUAUCACUCCUCCAAACGCGUCUUCAGGCGUCGCUAAUAGACGACACGCCAUCUCUGCAACCUAAGCGCGAGGAAAAAGCGACAUUAAUGCUCGACGCGCCCACGAUUCGCGGUCUAGAGUUAAAGACGACGAUACGGUCCAACCGCACUUCAGGGAGUCUGAUGAGAGCAGUGCGCCGCACCAUCACACAGCCCGGCCACCGCCUACUAGAACAGUGGCUGUGCGAGCCUUCUGCUGAUCUCUCCGUUAUACGCUCUCGCCACGCAGCCGUUGCCAUUUUCCUGUCGCGCACACAGCUGCGGAGAGACGUGCGCGCUUUAUUACGUGACACUCAAGAUGGUCCUCGUCUUCUCCAGCGCGUGCUCCUCAAUAAUAACUUCACUCCCUCCCUCCUCCUCGCUGUUAAGGGCGUUAUUGAGAAAACGGAGGAGGUCGUCAGGCGUAUUCGCGCCGAGUGGGUGCAUGAGCGUGGGCAGCAGAGUGGAUGCGUUAGUGAAAACAAUUAUGACAACGACGACUGGCAUGCUCUCCUCACUCUCACUGAAUCCCUACACCCCCUUAUAACCUUUGCGGAGCGCAUCGACUCGGUUAUCAUUGAAGACGGCCUGCGCGCCAAGGAGGCGAGUGAGAGUGAGAGUGAGCAGCGGGAGGAGAUACAAGGUUUGCCAGAAGAGAGGGAGAGGGAGAGGGAGGCUAUCGAGAAGGAUGGGCGUGAACGCAACGGUGACAACUACCACGACGACCUGAAGCGGUCGAUAGCACCAACAUACAGCGCUACAAUAGCGCGGCUAAACAAGAAGCUCGAUAGGUUAUACGGCGAGCGAGCCAAGUUGGCGAGAGAGGUGCGUGGGGAAGUGCGCGCGAGCGACCCAACGCACGUAGCACUGCGGUCCAAUCAGAAACUAGGCCAUUACAUAACAGCGCGCAAGAGCAGCUUGAAGGCAUUACCGGGAGCAUACCAGUUAAUAGCGAGUGGUAAGUCUACAGCCACGUACGCUCAUCCUCGAUGGACUGCACUCAAGUCUUCCAUUGUGGAGGUAUCCGAGCAGCUCGAAGGAGCUGAGCGUGAGGCUCUCACUGGACUUAAAGGGGAACUGGCGAAGGAAAGUGAGCGUUUCCGCGCUAAUACCCACCUCCUUGCCCAGCUAGAUGUGUUGUGCAGUCUCGCGGAGCUAGCCGAUGAGCGUGCAUGGGUGCGGCCAGCCAUGACGGUCGACCGUGCCUUGCAUAUCUCACAGGGUCGCCACCCUGCUGUCGAAGUGGCUCUGCAGGACUCACUCAAUAGCUUCACGCCGAAUGACGUGCUUAUGCAAGAUGACUCAUUCGUUUGCGCCAUCUUCGGUCCUAAUAUGGGCGGAAAAUCCACUUACUUGCGCCAGAAUGCUAUCAUAGUCGUGCUCGCACAGGCUGGUUCAUUCGUGCCUGCGACCGCUGCAACGAUCGGGGUGGUAGACCGAUUAUUUUCGCGCAUUGGCGCGAGCGACGAUCUCAGUGCGGGGCAGUCAACAUUCAUGGUGGAGAUGACGGAAGCUGGGGAGAUAUUACAGAUGGCUACGCCGCGCUCGCUUGUGAUCAUGGAUGAGAUAGGACGGGGUACCACCUCACUCGAUGGACUCGCACUGGCUUAUGCGAUUGUGGUACAUCUCGCACUGACUAACAAGUGUCGCACUUUCUUCGCUACACACUUUCACGAGCUGGAUGAUAUGCUCGCGGAUACCCUUCCUAUCCAGUAUCUCAGCACUGAUCUGGUCGAUGGCGGAGAUGCAUUCAGGUUUACGUAUACACUUCGAAAAGGUGUUUGCAAAGAGAGCCAUGGCAUCAUCGUCGCUAGACUCGCCGAUAGCUCAUGA